UUUUUCAAUCUCGCGAAGUUUGCGAAGUUUCCCACGCCUGUUGUUGUGGCGUCUGCCCUUUUCUCUCACACACUCUCCCUCUCUCUUUCUUCAGCUUCUGUUGUCUCGGUGUCUCUGUCGGCUGAGGAGUGAUCUCGCGAGUGUUGGAGUUUUGGCGAGAGUUUGUGGAAGAUGGCGCCUGUUGUGACCGGGAAAUUUGGGGAGCGACCUCAGCCGCAACGCCUAACCAGAGAAGCAAUGCGGAAUUAUCUAAAGGAGCGGGGUGAUCAGACAGUACUAAUUCUUCAUGCGAAAGUUGCACAGAAAUCAUACGGAAAUGAAAAAAGGUUUUUCUGCCCUCCACCUUGUGUAUACCUUAUGGGAAGCGGGUGGAAGAAAAAGAAAGAACAAAUGGAACGAGAUGGCUGCUCUGAACAGGAAUCUCAGCCUUGUGCAUUCAUUGGAAUUGGUAACAGUGACCAAGAAAUGCAGCAGUUAAAUUUGGAAGGAAAGAAUUAUUGCACAGCCAAAACUUUGUACAUAUCGGACUCCGACAAGAGAAAGCACUUCAUGCUGUCUGUAAAAAUGUUCUAUGGUAACAGUGACGACAUUGGCGUCUUCCUCAGUAAACGGAUUAAAGUCAUCUCCAAACCUUCCAAAAAGAAGCAGUCCUUGAAAAAUGCAGACUUAUGUAUCGCAUCAGGGACGAAAGUGGCAUUGUUCAAUCGACUUCGUUCUCAGACAGUCAGUACGAGGUAUUUACACGUAGAAGGAGGGAAUUUCCAUGCUAGUUCACAGCAGUGGGGAGCCUUUUACAUCCAUCUUUUGGAUGACGAAGAAUCCGAGGGUGAAGAAUUCACAGUACGAGACGGCUAUAUUCAUUAUGGACAGACAGUGAAACUUGUGUGUUCAGUAACUGGCAUGGCACUCCCUAGACUGAUAAUCCGUAAAGUGGAUAAACAGACAGCAUUGCUAGAUGCAGACGAUCCUGUAUCGCAGCUCCAUAAGUGUGCUUUUUAUCUGAAGGAUACAGAAAGAAUGUACCUGUGCCUUUCUCAGGAGAGGAUAAUCCAGUUUCAAGCCACUCCAUGUCCAAAAGAACCUAACAAAGAAAUGAUAAACGAUGGAGCCUCUUGGACAAUCAUCAGCACAGACAAGGCAGAAUAUACCUUCUAUGAGGGGAUGGGGCCUGUCCAUUCUCCAGUUACUCCAGUGCCUGUUGUAGAAAGCUUACAGUUAAAUGGAGGUGGGGACGUGGCCAUGCUGGAACUUACUGGACAGAAUUUCACACCAAAUCUCCGGGUUUGGUUUGGGGAUGUAGAAGCUGAAACUAUGUACAGGUGUGCAGAGAGCAUGCUCUGCGUGGUUCCAGAUAUUUCUGCAUUCCGCGAGGGCUGGCGGUGGGUUCGGCAGCCAGUUCAGGUCCCUGUCACUUUGGUUCGAAACGAUGGGAUUAUCUACUCCACCAGCCUUACUUUCACUUACACACCAGAGCCAGGGCCCAGACCACACUGCAAUGCUGCUGGAGCCAUCCUCCGAGCACACUCAAGCCUGAUGGCAUCAAGUGAACCCAACACAAAUAGUGAGGGAAGUUACACAACUGUCACCACAAAUUCUACCAACGUCACAUCUUCAGCAGCAACGGUAGCAUCUUAACCUGCAAACUGAAACGAAAGACUUUAAACUGACAAGUGCUGCAUAAAGGAAAAAAAGAAGAAAAAAAACAACUGUAAUUUUGGACACCCAUUGUGGUUUCAUAGGGACAAACCUGUUUUGAUCUGAAGUGAAGUGGUAGGAGCCCAGAUCAAGUAAGGGUAAAUAAAGAAACCACAGGAUACAUCAGCCAUGUAUAAAACUUUAAUAAAGAAAAGUCUAUUUUUCAGUUUUUUUUGUAAAGGGGCAAGAUGUAUAAAUGUGUGUGUGUGUGUGUGUGUGUGUGUGGCUGGAGGUUCAGCAAAGUAGAAGAAAGCAUAUAGAACAUGAUAACAUAGUUUUUAUGGACCAAGGAUCUUGUAUAAGCUUUAGUAAAGGUACCUUUUCACCAUACCUUUUUUGUAUUAAACAUAUAGUCCACUUUUGUUACCAAAUAGUUGAUAUUUUUGCGCUGAAGUAUAUACAGGUCGCAGGCCUGGCCUUGCUUGUAUAUUAUAGCUAUCUUACUCUUCCAGUAAAACCUGUAGUUUGGUCUCUGACUGGAACUACUUUUUUGUUUUUGUUUUUUAAACUAAAGUCUUGUGACUUUACAAAACUGAAGGUGUGUUAACUUCAUUAUAGUAGAACCUGAGAGGGCCUGUUUGUUUCAGUUAUAUGAAGUCAAAGAAAAGAAAAGAAAAGCUUUAAGCAAUGCCUCUGCCUUGCCUGCAAUACAUGAUGUACGCUAACCUUUGAAACCUUUUUAUAAAAUCAUUGUGAAUUGGAGCAGCAGUGUUCCGUCUAGUUCUUUCACUUUUUUAUUAUUUUUUUGUAUGUCUGUAUUUUACAUACAAGGUUCUGUCCUUAUCAGAGUUCCGAAAUCAAAGUAUUCACAUUAGCAGUUGUCGGUUUAGGCCAGGCCAAGCUCAAACAGUUUAUAUGGUUAAUUUGCAUUAUUUGUCGAAUGUUAAAUAAUUCCUGAAGGGUUACACAUUUAAUUCAGUUUUUCUGGAAUUUUGUAAUCUAGUAUUUUAAAUGCAUGUAACCCAUAUAAACAAAUAUAAAGGCAAAAAUAACCAAAUGUGUAUUGUUUUAAUGCUGUGUGCAGUCCUGUCAAAGUGCUGGUGUUAAUAUUUGUUCACAUGUUUUCUAACUACCCUGUCUUCCCAAUGUCCGAGUUAUUUUAUAGACAUAAUCCCCUAUCUUCUACAGCCAGAGUGCUGAUGAUUAAUAUGCUCAAUAGGAGGAGUUUGAGACGGAUAUUUGAAUUAGUUGUGGCCUUACUGCUGCUUCUGUGCUGGAAAGUGUUGAUUUUUUUAAAAUGCCUUGUCAUUUUGCUGUUCAAUCGCCUUUGAAUUUCAGCAGCUUUUAAUUUUUUUUUUUUUUAAUGAUGCUUUGGCCAUGAGGUUGGGAAGUGAGUGUCUGUUAAAGAGCUUAUUGUUUUAAGUCAUAAAUCAACAGAUGGCAUGCACUGUACAACUGGAUCCUGGUAUGGUCCUACUGUGGUUAUAUGACUACAGUUACAUUCAUAUUGUAUUCGAUUAGUUUAGCCCAUCUCUAGCUGCAGCUGUGUAAUGCACUUACCUUUUUGUUUCUCAUGCAUUGUCAGUUUGAAUAAUUGGACUUUGUGGAAGUAACAUGCUACAGUAGGAAUAACUGGGUGAGGGCAUUUUUCAAUCGGUUCACUUUGUAACUGGUACUGUACAUAUUUCUUAUCUACAUAUGCUGCAGUAUUUCCUGUUCAGAAAAUCUGAAAGGGAAAAAAAAAUAUUCCCCAUUUUAUAGUGACAAUGCCUUAGUAAAGCGCUUAUAUGGAAAAUUCUGAUCUAAAAUACUAAACUGUGAGUCCCGUGUAGCCGCCCAUAAGACUUGCUAAGCAAGUAAUCUUUGCUGAAAUACAGUGUCUACUUUUCAUACCUGUAAAAUGUAAACUACAGAAAAGUGUACCUGAGGUUUUCCUUAAAUCAACCACUGACCCCUUUCCAAUGUGCUUUUAGUUUGCUCUCUGUGCAUUUUUAAGUCUGCACUACUACAUUUGUUUUAUUUGCGGGUUAUUGAGGUGAAUAAGUUUAGCUAGCUUCUUACAAAUUUUAUUUUUUAUUGUAUUUUAUUUUCCACUCAGCAGGGGUGUCCAAUCCUGGUCUGGAGGGCUGGUGUCUCUCCUGGUUUUUGUUCCAACUGUACCCUAAAUUACUUAAUUGAACCAAUUAAGUGCUUAUUAGAAGCUUAAUUGGUCCAUUUAAUUAAUUUAGGGUACAGUUGGAACAAAAACCAGGAGGGACAGCGGCCCUCCAGGACCAGGAUUGGACACCAAUGUGAGCUGCAUUCAGGAUGUUUUCUGUAACUAAUAUCUGUGAAACAAAGAUAGCAUAUCAAAAUACAGAGAUUUCCAAAAGUCCAUGUUAAGUCUUUUAACAGCUUUUCAAAAAUGUUGGGUUGUGUAAGUGGAGAUUUUUGAAUGUCUACAUAACAUGCAGAUAGUCCUGCAAAAGGUACAUUUUCAAACCACAAUAGGGAGGAAUGUUUUCCCAUAUUCUGAGCUAUAGAUUUUUUAAAUUUGUGUUUUUUUUUUUUAAUAUAAUAUAUAUAUAUGCCCAAUGUACAGUGUGGUAUUUGUCCUUUAAAUUAUUUUAACACAUUUUUAGCUUUUGUUAAUUUCGCCAGCAAACAAGUGCAUUAGGCCUUCCAGUAGCUGUCAGUAGACACACUGCUGCAGUGCUGGUGAGUAGAGUUGGUUGGGGGUGGGCUGCAUUUCUCCAGGGUGGCAUUAAACUUCAUUAAAGCAACAAGGCAACUUUUCACAGUUGAGUUGCAUUCAUAUCAGUGAAAUUGGUUUCUUUUUACUGUGUACUGUAUGCCGCCUUUAACUUUUUUUUUAAAUUGCUUUACCAUAUGCUGUACUUAUUGAAAUGAAAUGAAAUGAAACAAACCCCUUCCAUGAUUUCCUGUUGGCUUCCUUGUCUUUUGAAAGUUGGCAUACCAGAGGGAAUUGAUAUUCUUUCUUCCACUUUUAUAAUGUAAAUUCCAUAUCUUUAAACCCGAAACGUUACAAAUAUCCAAGUAUCCAAUUGCCAUUGCAGGGUCUGUUCUGGUUUUGUUUCUAUGAUUGUUAUUUACAAACACUAUGUAUCAUUGUUAUGAACUGCAGUCUGUCACUGAAAGUGAAGUGAACACUUCAUCUUUGAGGGAAGGCAAGAAUUUGAACAUAUCUAAUAGACAAUCUUUUGUGGUUCGACUGUUUACAUUAAUUUGGUUAGUAAGGAUGAACUGGGGCUUAACGACUGUAGUAAAAGCUUAUAUAUGGAUUUUGCAGAAGUAAUUAAUGGUCAACAGUAAUAACCUUUCUACCCAAUUUACGAUUCAUUUGCUUUCUGUUAAUUUAAACAAAAACAGCACAGAACAGCAAAUCCAUCUAACUAUAGAAAUUCUUUCUGGUGGAAAUGUAAAUGUUACAAUAGUUACCAGAGCUACAGACAGUGGUAACACAAAGCUGAUGGAACAAAGAUUUUGUAAAAAAAAUAAUAAUAAUAAUAAAAAAAAAAAAUUAAAGAUAUAUAUAUAUAAACAUUUGUCAGUCACACUUUCAUGAUAUACUUUAGUUGACAUAUUUCCAUUAGUGUUUUCUUCAGAAAGCAGCUGUUUUAAAAUGAGCUCUGAACAAACGUGUAUCCUUUAAUAUGCCAAAUGUUUGACUUUAAUGUUUUCAUGCACUGCAAUGUGGGAUUGAGAGGCAGCUUUGUUGGGAACGAUAUGAAAUAACAGUUUUCAUACUGAACCCUUUUGAGAACUGAAGUGUCUUCUGUACAAAACGUGGAUUACAUUUUUACUAGUUCCAUCUUACUGUAUUGUCUGCAGAAAUACUGUACUACAUUCUUGGUAGUACUGUAGCCACUGUGUUAUAUUUAGAUGCAGUAGAGCUCUCAGUACUCAAAGGGUAAAGUAGUAGCAAAUGUGCACAUGUACUAUUUUAGCAAUAACAUUAAAUAAGGGGACAGUUUAUGAUGGCAUCAUUUUUGUACAUAUUCCACCUGCUCAGUUCCAUAUUUUAUUGACGCAAAACCUGCAAUAUGGGCAAAAUCAAGAAAUAAAACUGAAAUGUAAACCA